AUGCCCGAAAUUCAGCUGGGUUCUCAUACGAUAAGAUCCCAUGGAGUCACGGUCGCUAGGUUCCACAUGCACGACUGGCUCAUUCUUCUGCUCCUUAUCGUCAUCGAGAUUGUUCUCAAUGUCAUCGAACCAUUUCACCGUUUUGUUGGAGAGGAUAUGCUCACUGACCUCAGAUACCCUCUGCAAGACAACACAAUUCCUUUCUGGGCUGUUCCGUUGAUAGCAAUUGUGCUCCCUUUUCUUGUCAUUUCUGUUUACUACUUCAUCAGAAAAGAUGUUUAUGACCUGCAUCAUGCAAUAUUAGGUCUUUUGUUCUCUGUACUCAUAACCGCUGUUAUAACCGAUGCUAUAAAAGACGCUGUAGGUAGACCUCGUCCUGACUUCUUUUGGCGUUGUUUCCCUGAUGGUAGAGGGUUCUUUCACAACAUCACGAGGGAUGUUAUGUGUACUGGAGAUAAGGACGUGAUCAAGGAGGGACACAAGAGCUUCCCCAGCGGACACACAUCUUGGUCGUUUGCUGGACUAGGAUUUCUAGCGUUGUACUUAUCUGGGAAAAUCAGGGUGUUUGACCGUAGAGGGCAUGUUGCAAAGCUCUGCAUUGUGUUCCUACCUCUACUGGUUGCUGCAUUGGUUGGUGUAUCCAGAGUUGAUGACUAUUGGCAUCACUGGCAAGAUGUGUUUGGAGGAGCUAUCAUAGGAUUAACAGUGACCUUGUUUUGUUAUCUGCAAUUCUUUCCCCCUCCGUAUGAUCCUGACGGUUGGGGACCUCAUGCGUACUUCCAGAUGCUGGCUGAGUCGAGAAACGAUGUCCAAAAUUCGCGAGGAAUGAAUCAUCUAAGCGUGAGGCAAUCAGAGCUUGAGAAUGUGUACGUUGAUCAACAAGAGACUUCCAUGGAGAUAUCAAGAAACAACACGCGAGACACCACCCGAAUGCUAGAGAGCCGUUAA